AUGGCCAAUCCAUUCCGCAACGGUGGCGUGAAAAACGAAUCUGCUGGUCCAGUUGCCUCCGACUCACUCGCCGCCGAGUCAGUACGAGAACAGGGAAAGUUUGGGGAGAAUAAGAAUAGCCAGCCUCUGGGGGUAAAGGGUAGCCAUUCCACGCUUGCAAAUACAGACACUUCCAGUGCAUCGAAGCUUCAAGCAGCUCCAGAUGCGGAGGCUCGCCUAGCUGAAGCCGAAUGGGGAGAGGGACGCUCUCAGACCCAGGCCCAAAGUCAGGGGCAGACAAAAUCUCUUGGAGACGAACAACAGCAGCGAGAAAGGCAGAGUCAGGGCCAGGGUAGUAAUGAGACAUCAGGAGCUUCUUCAGGCGCUCCUGGCUCAGGACAAGGAGAUGGCUCAGGUUCAUCAUUGAACACUGCCCCCCAUUACGUCGAUCCAGUGCUUGGUAGUGGGCAGGCUUCAAAACCGAAAGGCAAGAACCUGAAAGAAGGUGGAUUUGGAGAUGACCCUGCACGGAAUGCGAGCUUCAAUGCUGAUAUUGGGUCUAAGAAGGAUCCAGGUCUGCAGGCGGAAAAGGAGAUUGGCACUAUGAGCGCACAGAAUGCUCCAGGGCCAAUAUCUAAAGGAGGUCCGGAUCUUAUGGGAGGAAGCGAAAGGAAGACCGGAGCAUCAUAUAACGUGCUUGGGUCUGAAGAAGAUGCAUGA